AUGUCCCAAUUCGAAGAAGUAUACAAUGAGGAAUAUGAAGUUGAAGACUGUCAUGUUCACGAGAAUUCUCCUAAGUGUACACCAUGUAAAAAGUGUGAGAAAAUGGCAGAAAAAUCAGAAGUGCUUAAAGAAAACUCAUAG